UAUCUACGGGGUAUCAUGACACUAGCUAGGGGGUAUAAGGGCACUAGCUAGGGGGUAUAAGGGCACUAGCUAGGGUUCCGUUUCAGGCCCUACUCUAGUGGCUCUGCGUCUGUGGCUUCAGCUGUGAGAUCCUGUUUCUGGAGACCAGCCAAUCAGAGCGGCCUGUUGUUGUGACUCACUAAAUGAUUCAUCACGUGGGCGGGAGCUGCUGCUGGGUGCUAAUGAGAAGGCGGGGCAUUCAUUUCAUCUGAGAAGAUUUGGCAAAUAGAGAGGGGAGAAACGAGGGUGAGCUUAGCCAUUGGUAGAGUGGUAAGGUCUGAGCACAGGCUGUGCCUUGUGUGGGGAAGACGAGCAGAACUGCAAGGAGUGGCAGGGAGGAGAGAGAGACACAGAGAGAGCGAGAGAGAGAGCGAGAGAGAGAGGAAGAGAGAGACAGAGUGGGGGAAGGGAGAGCGAGAGCAUCUUUUGCCUAAAUCCUUUACAAGCAUCCACCCCACAGUAGAAGCUACACAGGUGAAACAACAUGGACCGUCUCAACACCACCUCUCUCCCGUGGCUCCCUGACGCCGCCCCGCUGUCCCAGGUCUCCCUGCAGGUUCAAGAGGUGUACCCGUUCCACGACGGCUGGAACAUAGCGUGCUUCGUCAUCCUCCUCCUCUUCAUCAUCACAGUAGUCUCGCUGGCAGCUCUGGCCUUCCUCUACGAGCUGCUGGACUGUGGCUGCUGUGUCAAGGGGAAGACCCAUCGUGACCUGAUGGAGGAGCAAGGUCCCUUCCAGAACAUGGUGGAGAAGAUCCACAGUCCCACGGGGUCACAAACCGAGGUGGUGUAAAGGGGGUUAAAGGGGUUGUUGCCACGGUGACCAGGGCCAAGCAGGAAGUUAGGUCAUGAUCGUUGACCCUGAAUCUGAACCCGAGACUGACUGCGCUGUGUGCUCACAGUUUGAGAACAGUGAGGCUGCACCUUCGUAUGUGUGAGAUUGUGUGUGUGUGUGUGUGUCCCUGCUCCCGUGUGUGUGUGUGUGUAACGGUGGUGUUAUCUAAUCGAAGCACGUCAGCAGGGAAGGCAAGAGAGAAGAAGAGCUCUCCUUGCCAAGUCCAGGGUUUUAACAAGUCUAUUGGAUGCUUAGCAUCUUCAUCCAUCACCACAUUGUAAGUACAAGACAUACCAUUCGAGACAGCUAAAGACACAGGAGAUCCACAAUGAUAGCCAACCCUCUAGGACCCUACAGAGCAAGGAAGUCACCCAAAGUCAACGACCAAGAUGACCAAGGUGAUCAAGAUGACCAAGAUGAUCAAGAUGCACCAAGGUGACCAAGAUGCACCAAGAUGACCAAAAAUAGUAAUUAUGUUAAAAAGCAGCUUUUGUGUGUUGGAAUGGUGUGGGCGUGUACUGGUUAUUAGAAAUAUGAAUGGAGCAGACCGCUGAUUGGACCAUCUCAUCCGGCUCAGGAUGAUGACCUCAUCCUCUUUGAGGAAAUAACAAGCAUUUUUUAAAUGGUCUGUUUGAGAUCCAAGUUUGAGGUGGGGGGUUUUAAGUGUUUUUUUCCCCCUCCAAUUUAUGAUUUGACCAGAAAUACGAGUAUGGGAUUAAUAAAAAACAUUACGAGUUAAGCUAACUUUUAAAGUUAAUAUUCUGUUAUCCCUGGACAGUUACUUUAAAAUGUCACCAAAAGACCCAGCUACCACAGAAGUCGUCCCACAUUUUAAUGUAAUUUUACAGAUGGUUUUUUAUUCCCUAAUGUUUCGACUGCCAUUGUAGUUGAAGUCCUCAUCCAUUUGACAAAAACGGUUCACAACUUGCUGUGUCGUAAUGAUGUAAUCAACAUGUUGCCUGUGAUGAUGUCACCACUCACCAACAUAUUUUAAACCACAGCCAAGUGGCCAUGAUACUACUCUCUCUUGAAGGGGG